UGUUUUCAAUUUCCCUUCAGUGUGUGCUCGGGUGUGUUUUGUGUGAUUCUUCGACUACUUUCGGUGUACUCGUCGCUGCACGAGGCGCCCGAUGGAAGCCGUGGUUGCCGUCCACGUCGGCGCCGGUUUCCAUUCGCCGGAGAAACUGCCCGGCUACCGGCGAUUGUGUUCCGCAGCCUGCCGUCGCGCCGUGGGAGUACUAGAGCGCUCGGACGGGAGCGCUCUCGAGGCGGUGGCGGCCGCCGUGGCCACGCUGGAAGACGAUCCGCUCACCAAUGCGGGGUUUGGUUCUAACCUGACGUCUUGCGGUCGCGUCGAGUGCGACGCCUCGGUUAUGGACGGUCGUACCCUGGGAUUCGGCGCCGUGGGCGCGCUGCCGCGCGUCGGCAACCCGGUACUCGUGGCCGAGGCACUGUGCCGCGCCCAGCAUGCCGGCCCGUUGUCGCUGGGCCGCACGCCGCCCUGCUUCCUGGUCGGUGAGGGAGCGCUGCGCUGGGCGCGCGAACACGUGCUGCCCAACGUGGAACGCACGCCCGAUGCCCUGGUGUCCGCCCACGCGCGCAGGCGCUACGUCAAGCUGAAACGCCGGCUCGACCACUGCUCGGCAGAGGAGACCUUGGCGCGCAAGAGCCCCCUGGUCCCCACGACGCUGAAGCGCGAGGUCGACGACGAGCCGUGGGCGGCAGACACGAACGUCGUAGCCCCGUGUUCCAGUUCAGACAGUAGCAAUCCGCCGCAGUUGGACACGGUGGGCGCCGUCUGCAUGGAUCGGCGGGGUAACGUGGCGGCCGCCGUGUCCAGCGGUGGCAUCUGGCUCAAGCACACCGGCCGCGUCGGCCAGGCGGCCGUCUACGGGUGCGGCUGUUGGGCCGAGAACGCGCCGGAAGGCGGCUGUGCGGUGGCCGUCUCGAGUUCGGGCUGCGGUGAGCACCUCAUUCGCACCGCUCUGGUGCGCCAGUGCGCGCAGACGCUCGGGCGCUCCACUGACGACGGGUCCGUCGUAGCGCUUGACGCUUGUUUCCGGCAGAGUUUUCUGCAGUCGCCAUUCCUCAGGGACACCACCGACCGAUUGGCUGGAAUCCUCGCCCUUCGCUGGGACCCUCAGUGUGGCAGCGGUGAUUUGCUGUGGGCCCACACAACGCGUUCCAUGUGCUACGGGUACAUGCAGACGGGCGGAAGCAGGCCCAUAUUCGACUGCUCUGAAAUGCCAGACACGAUGGUUGCUGGGUCCAAGGUAAUGCUCGGGGGAACGCCACUUGGAACUCGGCACCUUGACAGAGAUCACUGAUGUCUUCAACCGUGACACGAGUGUCGUGCACACGUGGUGGAGCACCUGCAGGCAGGAUUAUCCGCCAUCGUCAUGGGGACAUACUCAUUCCUCUUUUGUACUUGCGGCGUUCAUGUCAAGAAUCUUUACAUAUACUCAGAACAAACGUUUGUGCCUGGUUGUGCACUACUUGACUCGGUCAGGCGUAAGCUUCUUGAUUUUCACAUUUCCUACUAGCAAGUCAGCUAGAGGAGUUUCUGUUCCUGUUAUUCAUUCGACAUGUUCGUGUUAUAUUGUCAAACGUGCCUCGGUUUCAUAGUCAUUGAUAAGAGACAAACUAAGUUCCAGUAUUCUAGUCAAGUCUUGGAGCCCUGUAUGAAACUGGCCUCAUGUGAUGUGGAAAAUCACGUGGGUUUUGCUAUAUGUCUUUGUUUAUCUGUACAAUGGUGCAUUUCUGCAGACUUUAUUGAAAAAAUAGUGUAAUUGCAUUCUUCUUAUCAUUUCAUUUACAUUUAACUGUAUUUAUCAGAGUAAAAUAAAGAAUCAUCAUGUGGCAGUUGAACUGGGAGAUUGGAUCUAGUAUAUUUUAAAUGACCACUUCACAAACACUUUGGCUAAAUUAUUUGCAUAGGUUAGUUGCCAGUUUAAUUAGGCUUGACAGAUAUACCACUUAUGUGACGCAAAGUUUAUGCGUGCUUUUAUGAUUGGUUGCAUCGACGUGUGUAAUGUUUUACAGUUGAAAGGCAACAUGAAGCUAAAUGAAGUAGACAGUGUCUCUGGGAGCGACCAGCAUGCAUAAAUGUUUUUAGUCGGGUGCAUAGUAUCGUCGAUACGCUUGUUCUAAAGAAAAAUUGGCUGCUAUCCCGCCCAACGAAUGUGAAUGUCCAGCGAGGCUGUGUCAGGCAACACGCAUGCUGAUGGGCAGUGGGGGUUCUUUUUUGUUGUUACCUUAGAGUAAUGGUGUACUCGGGAACAACUGUCUGUGGCAAUGAAGGGAAAGCUGCGGGUGCGAAGCUAGUGCGAAUGUUCUCCUUCAUGAAGUAGUUCAGUUCAGCUCAUGUUUUUAAUGAUGGCCGUGUUCGAAUAAUGCCACUGUGUAGAAUUGGCUACGCCUGCUUAAAGAGACAUUUGUGAGUGAAAUUCGUCACAAGCUCCUUCUAAAAUGCUUAAAAAGAACGACCACUCGCCUAAAGACGAAUAUGCUAUUUUGACUGUGAGAUGCACCUAAAGCAUGUGACGUUUUCAGACGUGCAAAAACGCGAAAUGACGCUUCAUGAAGCAAAACAAAUUGGUUCUUGAAGUGUCUCUUUAUAAACAGCAUCCCACAGAAAAUAAUGUUGUUCUUUUAUGAUUUUCAUGCCGAAAACAUAGGCCCAUUUGUGGGACUAUGUUCUUUAGUGGUGGCACAUGCCCACGUUGGUUCCGUAGCCUUCCCUUCAUUGCCACAGAAAGUUGUCUCUGAGUAUGGUAAUAAUUCCUUUGUUAUCACUGUGUGAAUAUCAUAAUUGGUUUUGUGACCAUUUUUAGCAAUAUACAGAGUUUAUUCUGUAUUCAUGCUGUUUUUCUGGUGUUUUCAAGUUUCUUAGCUUAUCUAUGGCAGUCUUAGAAUGAGCUUGUUGGGUUGCUAGAUUGGUUUAUUUUUUGUAUGUAAAUGGGGGCGGAAAGGAACAGUCAUUUGGCAUCAUUCAAAAGCCUCCUGUGAAUUUAAUCUUUACCGGGAAUGCUUCGGAGGGUCUUGCCAUUGUUCAUCCGGCUUGCAGUUUUGGUGCUUGUUUUGUGGUUUUCUGUAUUGAAAUGCCUGACUACAAAGAAAGAAGAGCCUAAAGAGGCUGUUGCGGC